ACAGUGUAACAACGUCAUCAGAAGAGGACGGGCCCUGGUAGUUGCAAAAACAUAACGCGCGUUAUUUUUCAUUUGGAGACAUUUUGUAAAUAAAGACCCUAGGGGAUAUUAUCAACAUAUACGGGACUAAGGUGGUGACCGGGCUGAUGUUGAAGAGUGAAACAGUUCAUCCGAGCUGCCACAAUGAAAAGAAGAGCCGAAGGAACGUCAGCUGCAGUAAUGGCAGCAAAAAUAAGUCGCGAGGACAGCAGCUCGGAUGAAGACUCACAUCUGACCAGACAAGACUCCAGCCAAAAUGAAUCACUCAGCGACCCUGAAGAUCACAGACCAGGGUUCUCCAUGCCCUCCAUAUCAACCUUUGGACAAGACACGGACAACACGGAUCAGAACUCCUCAAAGUUCUCCAUGUACAACAGUGUGUCACAGAAACUCAUGGCAAAGAUGGGUUUCCGUGAAGGAGAAGGUCUGGGAAAAUUUGGCCAAGGUCGCAAGGAAAUUGUGGAGGCCUCUACACAGCGAGGUCGAAGGGGUCUGGGUCUGACACUGCAGGGCUUUCAAGGGGAACUCAACAUCGACUGGCGCGAUGACACAGUGCCAAGCGCUGUAGAGAAGGUAGACUGGUUUCCAGAAUCCACCACAGAGACCCCAGAUGCAGAUGAGCUCAGGGACUGGAUGAUUCUGGGGCCGAGAAAGCUGAAGAUUGAAGAUGAGACAGAGUUUUGCACCGAAGAUCUGUUGCACACACUUUUGAGGUGUAAGACUGUAUUUGAUAAUCUGGAAGGAGAGGAGAUGAGGAGAGCACGAACGCGGUCCAAUCCUUAUGAGACGAUCAGAGGAGGCAUCUUCCUUAACAGAGCAGCCAUGAAGAUGGCGAACCUCGACCACUGCUUUGAUCACAUGUUUACAAACCCAAAAGACUCUAAAGGGAAUCCUCUGACUAAGGACCGUGACGGCGAGCUGCUAUACUUUGGCGACGUGUGCGCCGGGCCUGGAGGCUUUUCCGAGUACAUCCUGUGGAGGAGACGCUGGCACGCCAAAGGCUUUGGUAUGACGCUAAGGGGACCCUGUGACUUCAAACUGGAGGAUUUCUACGCUGCCCCUAGUGAGCUGUUUGAGCCAUAUUAUGGUGAAGGAGGUGUGGACGGCGAUGGUGACAUCACACGGCCUGAAAAUAUUACAGCUUUCAGAAACUUUGUGCUAGAAAACACCGAUCGACGAGGACUGCACUUCCUAAUGGCAGACGGGGGUUUUUCCGUGGAAGGUCAGGAAAACAUCCAGGAGAUCCUUAGUAAACAACUACUGCUCUGUCAGUUCCUCACAGCCAUCUCUACACUCCGGACAGGUGGCCACUUUGUUUGUAAGACCUUUGACCUUUUCACCCCCUUCAGCGUGGGCUUGGUCUAUCUGCUCUACCUCUGCUUCGAGAGGAUCUCUCUGUUCAAACCUGUGACCAGCAGACCUGCAAACUCAGAAAGGUACAUCGUGUGCCGAGGUCUGAAGCCUGGUUCGGACGCCGUCAGGGAGUACAUGUUCAGAGUGAACCUGAAGCUGAACCAGCUGAAGAACACUGACAGAGAUGUUACUGAUGUGGUUCCACUGAGCAUCAUCAAGGAGGACACGGACUUCUAUCAGUUCAUGAUCAACUCCAAUGAGAACCUGUGUGCAGUCCAGAUCAAGGCCUUGGCCAAGAUCCACGCCUUUGUCGUAGACACGACUCUGUCUGAGCCGAGGCAGGCCGACAUCAGGAAGGAGUGUCUGAAGCUGUGGACAGUCCCUGAUAAGGCCAGAGUCACUCCUGCUUCCUCGGACCCAAAGUCAAAAUUUUACGAAUUUAUAAAGAAUUCAGAUGCUGACUCAUUUCACAGCAAACUUACGCCUCUUAACUUAACUACACUUGAGAAGAUGCGACACAUACUGGACCACAGGUGCAUCGUGGGAGGUGGAGAGCAGAUCUUUCUUCUAGCACUUGGAAAGUCUCAGAUUUACAUUUGGGAUGGGAAGAUGCCCGUGCGCUGGAGAAAACUGGAGAAUUUUAAGCUAGAGCUGCCAAGAGAUACGCUUCUAAGUGUGGAGAUCAUCCAAGAGCUCAAAGGCGAGGGAAAGGCUCAACGCAGGAUCAACGCGGUUCAUGUUAUGGAUGCUCUAAUUCUCAACGGCACCGAUGUCAGAGAUCAGCACUUCAAUCAACGCAUCCGAAUGGCUGAAAAAUUUGUGAAGGCCGUGGCCAAACCCAGCAGGCCAGACAUGAACCCAAUCAGAGUGAAGGAAGUUUAUAGGCUGGAGGAAAUGGAAAAAAUCUUUGUCAGACUGGAGAUGAAGGUAACAAAAAGUUCAGGAGGAGUCCCUCGUCUGUCCUACACAGGCAGAGACGACCGACACUUCCUCCCUACAGGACUCUACAUCAUCAAAACCAUCAGUGAGCCGUGGACAUUAGCCUAUAGCAAGAAGUCCAAGAUGAAGUUCUUUUUUAAUAAGAAUACCCAGCAGUCCACAUAUGUAAUGCCCCCAAACAGUGCUGCUCCCUUCCAUGUCUGCCACUCAGAGCGUCUCUUUUGGGCCUGGGUUGAUGGGGUCAUAGUCCACGACUCUCAGACACGGAUGGAUCCUGAGAAACUGUCCAAAGACAAUGUUCUGUCCUUCAUCCACCAGAACUAUCAGCCGUGAAUCUCUGCUCUCAGAGUCCAGUUCAGUCAGUCAGUGUAGUCACCUCAAACACAUUGCACUAAACCAUGGACAACUUAGUUCAUUAUUCUAAUGUUCAGGAACAUUUUUUGUUUUACUUACAUUCAAUUUCAGGUUGUAAUGAUGUGUUGCGGACUGGUCAGUCUUCCUUGUUGCCCUUUACCGGUCAGAAACUGAUGACCAAGCCUAGGCUGGAGAGGUGUCUCUGAAGAAACUGGUGUUUACCAAUCAUGGUCUGCUGUGUUGGUCUCUGUGGACAUUGGAAAGAAAAACAAAAGACAAAAAUCAAUGUUCUGUCUCCAGGUGCACGUUCUUGCUGUUUUUUCUCUUUGCUUUUAGUCGGUGUAAAGUUAUUCUGUGUUAAGACACAUCAGAUGUAAAAAGGUGUUGUCUUAUCUGCUUUGUUUUAAACAAGCUCUUCUUUGUUUCCUAAGAGUCAAACACAUCAAGUCGCUCAUUCAGGUCUUCAUUCAUCAUUUUUCAAGACAGUUUCACUGCUCAGUUUCAGAUGUAGCAGAUAUAUCUCCUUUUAUAACUUGCCUUGUGUUGUUGUUCCUGUUCCUGCAGCUGUGCUAUUUUCCUCUGGGAAUAUUAGCCAUCAAGUCUUUUGAUGUAAAUACUAAUGUAGUGAAUAAAGGGUCAACCAAA